GGUAUCAUUUUCAUUUCUACAUAUAUAAAUUGACGGCGAUCCAUUUCAAAUUCACACUUGACAUCUGCACAAGAUACAAUAAACAUCAAUCAAAGAAACCAACAAGAUGGUCCACCAGCUGGUUCUUUUGUCUGGCCUGAUCAUGGCAGCGCAGUCCAUGGUUCUUCAUCCAGCCCCAUUGCCGCUGUUCCUGACUCAGUAUCCCGAGCCAAACUACAGUUUCGCGUAUGACGUCAACGAUGCUCAUACAGGGGACGUUAAAAGCCAGCAGGAGAGCAGACGCGGCGACAUCGUCAUCGGACAAUACUCGUUGGUCCAACCCGACGGUAUCAAGAGAACCGUCGAUUAUACCGCCAACGAUAACACAGGAUUCCUUGCCACCGUCAACAACCAAGGCCAGGCCAGGUCUGCAAACCAGGAACAGUCGAACAGGCGUUACAACGUUCCCGAGCAAACCACCCGCGCUUCCAACAAAGGCCAAGAAGUCCAAUACAACACUGCAAGCACCGCUUCCUACAGCACUCCUCAGGGUUGGCCCGAUAACUCGCAAAGCGUCACCCCUGCCCCUGUCACCAUUACUAGGUCGUCGGUCAUUCACCCCUCUUUCUCGAACGGACACAAUCCUUGGAUCUAACCAGUUACACUACCAACUACGCACUCGACUAUAGGCGGACCCGGCUUUAAUUUCACAAUUAAAUUUGCAUUUAUUUUCUAAGCAAUUCCAGUUUCCCAAUUCACGAGUAGCGACAGCGGAUAUACUAGACCGUUCUGUGAACUGCCAUCGAACACGUUUUAAUGUGUUCAUCGAAGCUAGUAGUGCUUGUCAGCGUUGGCACGAGCCAUCGCCUUAUCGCUUUUUUGUGAUCUCCCUUUGAUCGUGAUAUUACACGUCAUAUGGGUUGAAAGCGGUGGAAUGCCCAUAUGCUGCUAUUUUUAGCUGUAUAUUCUUCUUAAUAGUACUAACUGUUUAUAUUCUAUUAGGAUUUGAAUAUCUAACGAAGCAUAGUCCCCAAGUUUGGUUGUAGUUGCCUUGACUGUCUAGUGUUACAAAUUUAUAACAGAAUAUUCUUGUAUAUGCGCUGUCGCCAAUUGCUGAUAUCUCUUUGUUGAUUUUGAUACCUUUAUUAAGUUUGCUAUUGUAACUUUAGACACUCGUUUUACGCAUGCCAUUCUAAUGUGUAUAUAAUAUAUUUAUUAGAUUGUUUUGUUAUUUAAUAUAUAUUGUAUGAAUAAAUGUGAGCAAUUUUAA